ACAGUUUACUCUCAUACCGCUACUUAAACACCACAACACAAGUCCGUUUCUAAGACAUAAGGCAAGUACGGUAAUUUCACCCGAAGUACGAGGGCCUCUGCAAUGGGGUCACAACACUCCCUCCUCUUGCAGCUGUUGUAUCAAAUCAGUGUGGCUCCAGCCGGUAUGAGGGGAGGUGGUGUGCCGCUGGUCCUCAGUUGCCUGGCCAGCACGCGCGCGGUGUCUCGUGUCAGUUUACUUUGAUACCCCGUUGAUCUGAAGGUGCCGAGAGUGGCGGCGGGCAGGGCGCGGCCCCGCUGAGGGCAGGGCGCCAUGGCCACGCGCCGCUCCGUUGCGUGGGACUUCGUGGUGGUGGUGGUGGGCGCCGCGGCGCUGGUCUUCCUGGUAUGCUUCACCUGGGAGGCUGACCAAUACGCCGGGCCGCCGCCCCCCGCCCCACUCCUGCCCCGCCGUCCCGCCCCGCGCGGCCCCCCAGAGCUCUUCCCGCCCCCUGGGCCGCUGCUGGACCUUCCGGCGGUGUCCUUCGUGAGCAACACUGAGUGCGGCGACGAGCGGUUGCUGUUCGCCAUCCUGGUUGUGUCCCACCCUGCCAACGCGGCGCUGAGAGACGCCCACCGCGCCCACGUGUCCUGGGAGGCCCUGGCCGCCCUGGGAGCCAGGCGUGUGUUCGUGCUGGCGGACGCGAGCGGCGCGGGGCAGCCGGAGUACCCCUCGGUAGGGCGCCAGCAGGUGGCGCGCGAGGCGGAGCGCCACCGAGACCUGGUGGUGGCGGACUUCCCCGAGCACUACCGCAGCCUCACCUACAAGCACGUGCUGGCGCUGUCCUGGGCCGCCGCCUUCUGCCCCUCCGCCGCCUUCCUUCUCAAGAUGGACGAUGACAUCAUGGUGGACGUGUGGGCUCUGGCUGCCCUACUGCGAGCGGGGCCUGUCCUUGACCGCCAGGGCAGGCUGCAGGCCGGGCUGGCCUCAGGUGGGCGUCCCUUGGCCCGACACGAGGCGUGGACGGCGGGGCUGGUGCAGAGGGGCCUGCGCCCUCAGCGGGCAGGGGGCAAGUGGCGCGUCACGCAGCAGGAGUACACGGGCCACGUGUACCCUGACUUCCUGUCAGGCUGGGCUUACCUGGUCACGCGCCCCGCCGCCGCCGGCCCUUUCUGCAGGCCCGCUGCCACCCUGCCGCCCUUCUGGAUUGACGACGUGCAUGUGACGGGCACGGCGGCGGCCCUGGCGGGCGUGCCGCGCUACGCCCUCAACCGCCACUACUCCCUGCUUUCCUCGCCCGCCGCUUGCUGCCUGGACCAGCCCGUCCGCCAUGGCGACUCUCACGCCUCCCUCGCUCCCCUCUGUGACCUGCUGGUGGCGCCCUCCGGCAAGAGACGUGACGCUGAUGGCGGAGUGGCUUACGGCGGCGCGGCGCUGCCAUCUGGAGGGUGUGUGUCCCGUCACGUCCCCUGCCGCAUGCCGCGCCACACACCUGCGUCAGGGCGUGGGCCACCGUUAUCAAAUUGUCCUGAGGCGCCGCCCGCGGCACGCUGGCACACCCCGCGGUGCUCACCCCCAUGCAUUGUGGUGUGACGCACGCCUAGGUUGGGGCGAGGCUGGGCCGCCAGGCGCAGCAGCCUCUGUCACGGGGAGGACAUUCCGGCAACACACAUUCCCCGAGUCUCAGGAAGCGACAACCUGGCGGAGAACACUUGGUAUUUCCUCCACAGGGAGAAGUGUGUGUGUGUGUGUGUUGUGUGUGUGUGUGUGUGUGUGUGUGUGUGUGUGUGUGUGUGUGUGUGUGUGUGUGUGUGUGUGUGUGUGUGUGUGUGUGUGUUGUGUGUGUGUGUGUGUGUGUGUGUGUGUGAUAGAAUAGUCACUGAUCAAGAGACGGUUUUCUGUGUUUAUUGAUGAGAGAGAAAAUGUAAGACUUACGUAACGCGAGAUUUCUCCUCACUGAAUACUGAAGAGUGUUUAGGGAGUUGUGAUGGGAGGCACACCUCGCCAGUAAUUCAGCUCCUCAGUGAAUACCAAACACUGCUUCACACUAUUGCUGCCUAGCUAACAAUGUUGUCAUCUUGCACGGCGCUGGUCCAAAGACUAGCCUAGACUGAGCGGUGCUUGUGACCAUCAUACCUUAUUCUGUUUUGUCUUUGUUGUGAACAGAAAUAAAGUGAUAUUGAGGAA